CAGCUUAUACUUCUAAGGAGUUCGUUAAUAAAAAAGAUCGAUUCCCUACAGUUAUUUCUUGCAACUUUGGUCUUGAUAACUUCAGUGGAACUCACCUUUUGUUGCUGUUCUUGGUCCAAAGUUUUGAGUUGUUGCAUCUCACCAGCAUAAUCAUAAUACCGUCAAUGAAUAUCCAAAAGAUUGGGAGCUAUGAAAGAAUGCUGCAGAACUGUGGACACACAAGUGAUUAUGCUUCAGAAUUUUCAUACAGGUUUCCCCAGAGUUUUGGUAAUCCGCCGGAGGCCUCCGACAUGGGGCUUUGUUUUCAGUCUGCAGACAGAGAUGAAGGCUCACAGAGGCAAAACUUUUGGCCUAAUAACUCAUCUAGCACCAUUAUGGGCCAAAUUGGAUCAGCUUCUGCUUUCUAUGCAGCGGAAGUUUACAUGGGAUUAACACAACUUGGUGCCAGAGAUAAUCAGUCCACCUGCAGCACCCAGCUUUCCAAGAUUAAUCAUGAUGUACAUAUUCCAUCAUAUGACCAAUCUGAGAAUUGUUUGUUUACAGAUUCACCUCCAAGAAAGCUAGAGCCCUGCAGUUUCCCAGCGAAUACCACCUUGCAAGCGGUUCCAAACUCUCAAACCUCAAACAGCCAAUAUAUCAGUUCAGAAGCAUCCUAUAGACAUCCUUUUAGCGAUCUUACAGAGAAAGAGAGGCUGUGGCAACUCAAAAAGAAACUGUUAGGUGACGUUGAUAAUCCCAAUAAGAGACAACAUACCAUGCCUCUUCAGAGAAAUCAAGAUGUUGGAGUCUCGUGCAAUUUGUAUGACCCUCACUUCCCAAAUGUGAAGCCGUCUGGGAGAAGUUCUGGAUGUAUUUCUCCUAUUUCUACCAAUCCUGCCUCUGCUGCAGGAGCUGUAACCAACAAGACACGGAUCAGAUGGACUCAGGAGCUUCAUGAUCGAUUUGUCGAGUGUGUAAACCACCUUGGUGGUGCUGACAAGGCUACACCCAAGGCAAUAUUAAAGCUGAUGGAAUGGGAGGGAUUAACCAUCUUCCAUGUCAAAAGUCAUUUGCAGAAAUAUCGAAAUGCGAAGUACAUCCCAGCAUCUGCAGAAGGAAAAUCUGACAAAGGACCUUGCACAAGCAAUGAAGCACAGAUUGACAUAAAAAAUGGAAUGCAACUCAAGGAAGCGUUACAGCUGCAACUGGAUGUCCAGAGGCGUCUUCACGAUCAAUUAGAGGUACAGCGCAAAUUACAGUUGAGCAUUGAAGAACAAGCAAGACAGUUGAAACUGAUACUUGAUAAGCAGCAAGAAACUGCAAAGAGCCUAUUGGAAACUCAAAAUUCAGCAAUUACAUCUCCCACUUACCUGUCUACCACACUUGAAAAUGUAGAUAUUCUGAUUUCAGAAGAUUCUGAGAGUACCCCUUUCUCAUCUAAAAUAAGCUAGAUGAAAUGGGAUCAUAAUCAAGUCAAUAUCUGUCCUAUAAGCCUGCUUGUAGAAUUCUGCAGAAGAAAAGAAUUGCUUCAGUGAUAUCAGUGCCCCACAACUUUGCUACUCCGACGAUGGGGAAUUAAAAGGGACCCUUGAGUUGAGCUUUCUUGAAACAUAACUUGGUUGGAAAGCAAGAGCAAAUUACACACCAUUAGGCAAUAGGAACUUUCACAUACAUAUUGAUUGUAUUACAACAAAUCAAAGUCUGAAAAUUGAUGAACAUCCAUGAUUAGCUUGUGUAUGGUCUUUCUUGAUUUUGA